AUAAAAGCGGCACGAGUUCCCGGUUCGUUCAUUCCCUACUGCGCGGUGACCAGGAAGGUGUUUGUGCUCCAGCAUGGCGGGCACGAUGUGGGCUGUACGCGCCGCGUGUGUGCUUCUCUGUCUCGGGAUGGCGAUCGGUUAUCCCUCACGAGGCAGCAAAGCACGAGACUUUAUCGACGAGGACGAACUCCGAGCCAUGCUGACCCGACUGGUGAAGACACGUGACGUGGACAGACUUCUGCACGCACAGGCCUUACACAGCGACGACCAGCUCUUAAACAGCAACGACCGGAGAGACGAGAGCUCUGGAGAAGGAUCGGGACAAACCGUCGUUAUAGAAUUCCCUGGACAAGUUAAAGAAAGCUCCGGUGAAGGUAGCGGUGAGACUGGCGGUUUCGAAGGAUUCCCUGGCGACUUCAAGUUUUUGGGAGAACCAGUUACUGAGUCCUCAGGAGAGGGAAGUGGAUUCCCUGGGGAAGUCAAAGAAGGCUCCGGUGAUGAAGGAAGCGGCGAGACCGGCGGGUUUGGCGGAUUCCCUGGCGACGUGAAGUUUUAUGGCGGCUAUGGCUAUUAUGGCUAUGACGCAGUUGAGGCAUCUGGCGAGGGCAGCGGAUUACCCGGAGACGUGAAAGAGGGAGAAGGAAGCGGUGAAGACCAACCAGACGAACCAGUUCAACAGUGCCCGGAUGGAGACUUCAUCUCCGCCGCCUGGCGGUGUGACGGCAGGAGGGACUGUAAUGAUGGCUCGGACGAACGGGGAUGCGAAAAUCUGUGUGCGGGUCUGGGUUACCCUGGAGACCGAGGUUGUCGCUGCGCCAGCUGCAAGGCUGACCGGCCGUCGCAGAACUGCGCAUGCCCGCCCAGCCAAUGUCAAGAUAUCCUAGAGAAGAAAUGCGACCACCUGACGAUCCUGACCGUACCCCCGUUCGACAGGGGCAACGCUGCGACGAGGUCUUACAUGCCGACCGGGCGGGUGACGGGCGGAGCCAUGCGGGCUGACAUGGUGUUCAUCACCGACGGAUCCGCCAGCAUCGGUACCUUCAACUUCGAGGAGAUCAAGAAGUUCAUGCGGCAGUUGGUCGAUGGUCUUACCGUGUCUCUUACCUCAUUUAGGGUCGGCGCUAUGCAGUUUGCCUACGAGAACCGAGAAGAGUUCGGCCUGGAGGAUAACUAUAACAACGCCGGAGUAGACGCCGCCAUCUGCGCCAUUCCUUAUAUGGACGGACCUGGAACCUACACCGGGGAGGCCAUCCUGUUCGCUAAGGACUACAUGUUCGCCCCUAUCCGACCGGAUAUACGUCACGUUGGCAUAGUGAUCACGGACGGGAAGACUUCCAUCGGCGCCAUGGACAUCGGGCAGGCCUCUCGCUCUGCGCAACAAGCGGGCAUCGUGCUGUACUCCAUCGGGAUCGGUCUGAUGAACGACGCGUCGUACAACGCGCAGCUGCAGGCCAUCGCGGGGUCCACUGGGAAGGUUUUUCACGUGGGCGACUUCAGCGCGCUGUCAGGGAUCAUCAGCGCACUGCUAGCGGACAUCUUCGCUCUGCCGCCGCCCGCAGUUCCGGCCCCAGCUCCCGCGCCGUAUCCAGUUCCAGCCCCAGCACCGUACCCCAUACCAGCCCCAGCGCCGUAUCCAGUUCCGGCCCCAGCGCCGUAUCCUGUUCCCGCCCCGGCACCAUAUCCCGUACCUGCCCCGGCUCCCUAUCCCGUACCCUCUCCAGCGCCGGCUCCGUAUCCAGUUCCGGCCCCGGCACCCUACCCCGUGCCUGCGCCUGCCCCGGCGCCGUAUCCUGUUCCGGCCCCGGCACCAUAUCCCGUACCGGCCCCGGCACCGUACCCAGUACCCUCUCCAGCCCCGGCUCCAUAUCCCGUACCAGCUCCUGCCCCUGCACCAAUUCCAGCCCCCGCUCCAUAUCCCGUUCCUGCUCCGGCACCAAUUCCGGCCCCGGCUCCCCCACCACAACCACUCCCACCACCCCCUGCUCCGGCCCCAUAUCCGGUACCGGCGCCAGCGCCAGCUCCAGUUCCGGCCCCCGCUCCAUAUCCCGUACCAGCCCCUGCACCGUAUCCAGUUCCGGCCCCGGCUCCCCCUCCCCCUCCACCACCCCCUCCUGCUCCUGCUCCUCCACCUCCACCUCCCCCUCAGCCACUCCCUCCUCCUCCACCCCCGCCCGCUCCGGCGCCUCCUCCACCCCCUCCUCCCCCACCGGCUCCGGCUCCUCCACCUCCCCCUCCUCCUCAGCCACUCCCUCCUCCACCCGCUCCGGCGCCUCCUCCACCCCCUCCUCCUCUACCUCCUCCUCCCCCUCCUGGACCAAUCCUGCCUCCUCCUCCCCCUCCUCCACCACCUCCUCCACCUCCUCCACCUCCUCCACCUCCUCCACCCCCUCCACCAAGUGUGGAAGUGUCGUGCUCCGACAGUACUCUGGAGAUCGACCUGGCCGCCGCGUCCUUCCCGAAAGUGCGCACCUCCAACCUGCGUCUCGUGGACCCGGCCUGCCGCGCCACCAGUAACGGCACGCACAUGAUCAUGAAGUCGCCUCUCAACAGCUGCGGGACCACGUCUUACGAAACACCAGACUACAUCAUCUACGACAACAUGGUGACGGACGAGUCUCUCGCGAGAGCCGGCGAGAUUAUCCGAGACUGCGGGUUCGAGAUGAGAAUCCAGUGCCAGAUCCCGCGCAGACUCCAGGUGUCCGGAGACUUCGACCCCAUACAGGUUCCCGAAAUGUACUCCGCCGUCGGCACGGGCGACAUUAACGUGAUCAUGCACUUCUGCACGGACAGCGUCUGCACCAGCUUCAAGCCGUACCCCGUCACCUACCGGGUCUGCGAACAGGUGUACGUCGAAGUCCAGCUGUUGGCCUCUGACCCCGACCUGAGCAUCCUGGUCCUGACUGGCGAGGCCACGCCCUCCACGGCGCGAACUGGCGGGCCGCUUUAUGACAUCAUCAACAAUGGCUGCGGAGUUGACCCGACCUACGUGGUGUACCCGGCUCCGAACCACGCCGUCAUCAGGUUCGGUUUCCAGGCCUUCAAGUUCGCCACGGACUACCCCAAGGUGUACCUGCACGCUGACGUUCUCAUCUGCAAGUCUUCCGCUGUCGGCAACCGCUGCUCACAAGGUUGUGCAACGGCCGGUAGGCGGCGUCGCGACCUCGCAACGACACCCGGCGUGGCCCUGUAUCACGUGACUGCUCCAGCCCCCAUGAUCCUCUUCGACGACGUGGACGAGACUCUCGUUCCCAAAUCGUAGAAGGUCGUGGCAGAAGUUCGACUGUUGGGCGGAGUCACGUGAUCACAUCCAACCUUCCUUCGAGAUUUCCGCGCAACACGAUUUGAUGACGUAACCGCACGAAUAAAUGACGUAAACGAAUAGUCGAACGCCUUGUAAAUAUUGUAUAGUACAAUGCCCUACCUAAAAUGCCUUCUACAAUUGAAUGAGAAGAAUUGAAUCUUAUAUUAAGAUCUCAACGUGAAUAAAUUAUGCCACAACGCGUUAAAA